UUCUAAUUAUUUUUGUUAAUUAAGAUAUUGGUAAAAUAAGCUUCAAAAAUUUUGUUUUUUUUAAGUGAUAGAUAAUAGUAAAUGAGUUAGGAUGUUAAAGAUAUAUUUGUAAAAGGAGUGUCUUAGAAAUAGAAUUCAAAAUAAAAUUUGGAUAAAAAUAUUACCAAAAAUGAUUUAGCAACAAGAUAGGACUGGAAUUUGGUUAAUUAAUAGCUGGCACACAUGGUAUAAUUUCAGUAGGUAAAAAAUAAUCAAGUAGAAAAUAUUCCGCAUAGAAAAGAUUAAAUUAUAAGCCUUCAACAGAAAUAAAAUCCUUAACUGAAAAGAAACUCAAGUUUGGAAUAGCAAAUAAAAUAGUGUCAUACAUCUGUGACAUUAUAAGGUAACUUAUCAUAAGAUUAGUUUUCUAGUCAAAAAAUGAUUAGCCUAAAAGAAAAAGUUUAAAGUUAGCUUUAGUAAUAUCUAACGCAACCUAAUUCAUAAAAUCUUAAAACACAAAGUAACUUUUAAAAAAAAUCUGUCAGCUAGUUUGAAAUUAACUUAUCACAAUUAAAUAUUCCUAUUGAGGUUUAAUAUGAAUGUAAUAAUACAAAUAAUCACGAAAAUAAUUUUAUUGAUUUCUCUAGGUUUAAAAAAAAAGAGAUUGGCUAAAAAAUUAUUUCAUAGUCUUAGCUUUUAUUUGAUUAGCUUAGAAAAAAAAAGUAAGAUUUUAAUUUAAGCACAUAGAAUGAAAUAGGAAGAAAGGAAGACUAAUUAGUGAAAAAAGAUAAUUGUUUGAAUUAAAACCAAUACAUUCAAUCAGAGAGAUAAUACGAAUCAGAUUAGUGUGCUUUUUCCUUAAAUAAUUUAUUUUAAAAGGCUGAAGAAUUAAGUAGCACUACUGAUGCAAAAUAAUUAUAAAAAACUUAACCAAAGUUUUUUCGAAAUGAGUAAGAUUUCUCACCAUAUAAAAAAAUAAAUGGAUCAAAUAAAAAGGAAAACCAAAAUUUAUUUAGAUACAGUUUGGCUACUGAAUUGUCAUCUGUGAGAAAUAAUUCCGAAAAUACAUAAUCAAUUAAUAAUAUGCAUAGUAGAAAUAUUACUUAAUUAGAUUUGAGUCAUAAAAGAGUAAUCUAAAAUGUUUUUGCAUAAUAAAAAUGCUUAACCCAAAACGAUAGCACUUUAAAUACUCUUUAAAAAAAUUUAGAGAAUAACUGGUAAAAAUAAGAAAGCUAAAAUCACACUUAAAAUUUAAAUGAUUUUAAUAUAAAAGUAUAAAACCAAACUUUAAAAGAUAAAUUCAACUUAAGCUUUUUGAAAAAUAGCAAAGAUGAAAUGAUCAAAAUUGAUCAAAAUUCAAAAUAUGAUUUAUAAAAUUAAAAUAACUUUUUAAGCCAAAAUAUGACGUUUAAAAGCCAAUAGGAAAUAUAAAAUAUAAAAGCAGAGAGCAAAAGAAGUGACUCUAUAAAGUAUUUACAAGAUAAUUAAUUUAAAUAGCAAGAAUUAGAAAAUAUGGCAUAGUCUUCAAAAAAGAACAAUAGCUAAAAUUAAUUAAUUUAAAGAUUAAAAAAUGAUGUACAAAUAAUCGUGCCUUAAAAUUAAUUUAGAAAUAUCUAUUAGGGUUCUUCUUAAAAAUAAAUGAAUUAGAUUGAAUAAGAUACUUUGAAAAAUAAUCACAGCUCUUCUACAUUAUAUCAAAAAAAUUGCUUUGAGUAAUCUCCGAUUAUUUUAAAUAAAAUAAGGACAAGCUAAUUUAAAUAAAAAUCUCAAAUUUUAUUCCCUCAAGUUUAUCAUAGUUCAGAGAAGCAAGAAUUUAAUAGCCAACAGACUAAUUUAUAAAAAUUUGAUAACAAAAAACAGAGCAUAAUUUAAAAACAUAGAAGAAGGGUAAAGCCUUGUGAGUUUUCUAAUUCUAAAAAUAGCUCCAACAAUAUAUAAAAUUAUCAAAGUCUCAAUUUAGAGAGAGAUGAUUCAUAAAAAAAGGAAGAUUAUGCCAAAAAUAAUACUAAUAUUUUGUAAGGCCUUGACUAAACUUAUAAGUAAUAAUCAAAUAAUAAUACUAUUUAGAAUUAAUACUUGAUUGCAUCCAAUUAAUAUAGAAUUUCUCUUAGUGCUAUUCAUAAACAGUAAUAAAACCAUGAUAGCGAAGAUGAAAAUAUUUCUUCCAUGCAUUAGCCAAAAAAUAAUUCUUUUAAGAUUCCUUUAGAAAAUAAUACUAUGAAUAGUAUUAAAAACAUUAACUCUAUUAGACAUAAUCACUCGAAAUCUAAGUUUGAAAAAAGUCAAAUUUCUAUAGAACAGCUAGACAUUUCUCCUAUAAGUAUAAACAAAUUUGAGAGCUCAAGCCUAAAUUUUAAUUUAGGCGUAUUCUAAUAAUAGCAUUCGCUUCGAAAUCUUAAAUAAUUUGAAUAGAAUGAUUUAAUCAGUCCUGAAAAUAUAAAUUCUUGUAAUAGCCUUUAAAGAAAAUAAGUAGAUAUGAAAAGUAAUAAAAUAGAUUAAGAAGGUAGAUUAGCAUUUUGCGAAAAUGAGCUUAGGAAUAAUUUCAAUAAAAGUAUCUUAAAUCAAAACAGAGCUAAAAAGUUUUGUAAUAACUAAAGUUUUCAUUCUUCAUAAGAUUUUUCUCCUGCAUAUUCUUAUAAGAGUAAAGAUUAAGCUUAAUCAGGCUAAAGUAAUAAUAAUUAAUCUUUAGCAAGCUCAGAAAAAAUUUAAACUUAUUGGUUUAUUUACAAUUAAAUAAUAGACUUUUUUUCUUACUAAUAACUGAAAAAAUAUAAAAAUGAAUUAUAAAAUAUCUAAUUCAGAAGCUAAACAUUUUAUGAUUUUAUAAAAAAUAUAAUUUUUAAUGAUAUUGAGGAUAAUUAACAAGUUGGCUUAAAGCAAAAAGCUAAUAAAAAAGACUAAAAUUUGAAAUUCUCUUACAUAAAAGAACACAUAAAAUUGAUUGGAAUUACGCCAAAUAUGAUUCCUCUAAUUACAGAAGAAAUAAAAGAGAAAUUAAAUGAACUAGUUCAGCAAUCGCAAAAUGAUAAAUCUCAAUUCUAAAUUAAUGAAUCUAGUAUUAUACAAAUAUAAGAAAACUUUAACUACUACUUAAAAUAAAACAUACACUGGACUUUACUUGAUGAAUUUGGAACAGAAAAUGAUUUGCUAUCGUUUUCAAAAUAAUUGUAUUAAACUUUUUUACUUGACCCACUUUGCUUGAAAUGUUUAAUGAUAUUUUAAAUAGAUGAAGUUAGCUUCAAUUAAAUUAUUUUAUCAGCUUUUCAAAGAGAUUAUAUCGAAGAAAACCUAAAAGAAGAAAUAAAAAAGAGAGUCGAUUUAUAUCUACGUUAAUUAGGUGAUUCUUAAGACUCAAAUUUAUCUUAUUUAGACUUAACAUAUGCUGAUUUUUUCUAUAUUAAGUAUAAAUUCAUGUAUUUUUGCUUGGAAAAGAGUGUUAAUUUGAAACUUGUGUUUGCUAUUUUAGAAACAAUAGAAAAACUAAGAUUUAUAAUUCUUAAGAAACCUCAGUCUAUAGAUUCUAUAAACUAUGAAACUAUUGGUUUUUAAUUAAGAUCAAGACUUCAAAAUUAUUCUUAAUACAAUUAAAUAGCGACAGAAAACAGCUUUUCAAAUAGUAAAUUAGAAUAAAUAUUCGGAAAUCUAGUUAAAUGUUUAGUAGCAAAAUCAAUUUGUUUUUAUCCUUUUUCCUCUCUUCCUUAAUAAAUUAAUGCUUUAUUUUCCUAUGGCUAAGAGUUUACAGUUUAGUUAUCAAACUAAAUAUUAACAUUAUUAUAAAGAGAUUACAAAUGCGAAAAGAGUAUAAUAUUAGAUACGUAACUAGCUUUAUCUACAAUAAAAAUAGCUUCUGGUGUAAAGUAGCCAAUCAUAAAUACUAUCUUUUCUAAUCAUAAUUUAAACUUUGAAACUUUAUUAAAUAAACUUUUAUAAUUACUUGAUGAAAACUAAAUUUUUACUCAAUACACUUCAUUAUCAAAUCCUAUUAAUUUAAAAUUAUUUAUUAUAAAUUUACUCUGUUUUCUCUUCGAUAUAUUUAUAGACGAAUAGCCAUGUAGAAUUUAUACUCUAGAUUUAAAGGCCUAAUUUAAAAUGUUUGGAUGUAACUUUGUUGCUUACAAUGAUUUUCUUAUUUAAGUGUAAAAUUUCUUAAAAUAAUUCGUAGCUGAAGAAUAGCUAUAAGAUUUUAUAUUAAAUUCUUGUAGAGAUUUAAAAGGAUUAGAUAUAUUUGAUUGA